UCGGUCCAAUCGGCGGCUGCCGGGGGGCGGGGGCUGUCGUCAUGGCUGCGAGGAGGCGGGAGCGCGCGGUCGGCGGAGGUGCAGAGCAAAGCAGUGGGUCGGGGGCUGGAUAGACGGGUCUGUGAGCUGCAUUCAUUCAGCCGGCGGAGUCUUAACGCGCCAAGACCCAGCUAGAAGCUGUUAAGUCAUUUUUUACUGAAAAAGCAUUGAGCGAGGAGCCAAGGCUCCCCACUUCACUAAUUUGAUAUUGUGCAAGUUACCUUACCUCUCUGAAUCUCAGUUGCCUCAUCUGUAAAAAAGAGAUAAAAAUUCCUCAUCUAUCUAAAGGUCUCUGUUCUUAUGGAAGAAGAGGGUGAUAAGAGAAAGGAGAAGGCCGUUCUUACUGACCUGAUAAUGGAAGAAAAGUAGAUGAGGUGGAAGACCAUCCUCCUACAAGAUUGUUUUCUCUUGGUUACUUGUCUACUUCCUAGUCUUGAAGCUGUGCCUAUAGACAUAGACAAGACAAAAGUAAAAAAUGCUCAACCUGUGGACAGUGCAAAGAUAGAACCACCAGAUACUGGACUUUAUUAUGAUGAAUAUCUUAAGCAAGUGAUUGAUGUGCUGGAAACAGAUAGUCAUUUCAGAGAAAAACUCCAGAAAGCAGACAUAGAAGAAAUAAAGAGUGGGAGGCUAAGCAAAGAGCUGGAUUUAGUGAGUCACCAUGUGAGGACCAAACUUGAUGAGCUAAAAAGGCAAGAAGUGGCAAGGUUAAGAAUGCUAAUUAAAGCUAAAUUGGAUUCCCUUCAAGAUAUAGGCAUAGACCACCAUGCUCUUCUAAAACAAUUUGAUCACUUAAACCACCUGAAUCCUGACAAAUUUGAAUCUACAGAUUUAGAUAUGCUAAUCAAAGCGGCUACAAGUGAUCUGGAACACUAUGAUAAGACUCGACAUGAAGAAUUUAAAAAAUAUGAAAUGAUGAAGGAACAUGAAAGGAGAGAAUAUUUAAAAACAUUGAAUGAAGAAAAGAGAAAAGAAGAAGAAUCUAAAUUUGAAGAAAUGAAGAAAAAGCAUGAAAAUCAUCCCAAAGUUAAUCAUCCAGGAAGCAAAGAUCAACUAAAAGAGGUAUGGGAAGAGACUGAUGGAUUGGAUCCUAAUGACUUUGACCCCAAGACAUUUUUCAAGUUACAUGAUGUCAACAAUGAUGGCUUCCUGGAUGAACAAGAAUUAGAGGCUCUAUUUACUAAAGAGUUGGAGAAAGUAUAUGACCCCAAAAAUGAAGAGGAUGAUAUGGUAGAAAUGGAGGAAGAAAGGCUUAGAAUGAGGGAACAUGUAAUGAAUGAGGUUGAUACUAACAAAGAUCGAUUGGUGAGUCUAGAAGAGUUUUUGAAAGCUACAGAAAAAAAGGAAUUCCUGGAGCCAGAUAGCUGGGAGACAUUGGAUCAGCAACAGUUCUUCACAGAGGAAGAACUGAAAGAGUAUGAAAAUCUGAUCUCCCUACAAGAAAAUGAACUUAAGAAAAAGGCAGAGGAGCUUCAGAAACAAAAAGAAGAGUUACAACGUCAGCAUGACCAACUUGAGGCUCAAAAGCUGGAAUAUCAUCAGGUCGUACAGCAAAUGGAACAAAAAAAAUUACAACAAGGAAUUCCUCCACCAGGACCUGAUGAAGAAUCGAAGUUUGAGCCAUACAUAUAAAGUCCGAAGUCCACCAGAACUUGGAAGAAAACUGUUAAAUCAACAUCUGUGUCAUCUUUUUACCUCCCUUCAUUUUUUUUCUCUGCUCAAUAAAUAUUUUAAAGCAUA